GAUUUCUUGUCAUUAUUUGCCGAUCGACACUGCGAGAGUGCCAUCUUGGCGCCAAUUUUCCCGCCAUCAACCGUGCUUCUUGACCAAUCAACCUAUUCCGGUCGGGCACCGCGGCCGAGUCAUUGGCCCCUUCUGUCCAGCCAAUGCGCUACAGAUUUCCCACACAAAACAGUGUCCAUCACGUGUCUCAUUCGCCUAGCCCCACACACACACACCCCUCCACACACACACACACACAAUUCGUCGUGCUUCUGCGAAGAUUCGUUAUGUAGGUUCACAUUGUCAACUGCAUCGUUGCACGAGGUUCCGGUCGAGGAGGUGGUCAUCUUGUGGCCUCCUCUCGCUGCCUCGCCGACCGUUGCCGGGCCUGAACGAGAGGCCACUUGA